AUGUCCAUACGACGUUCGCUAUACGAGGGUUUCAAACAUGUUCACAACAAGCUCCACAAUGUGAAAACCACAAGUGAUUUUCAAACGACAGGGCGGCUCACCCCAAAAGAGUUUGUGGAGGCAGGAGACGAACUUGUACAUAAGAACCCUGUGUGGCAGUGGAUUGGUGGCCCUGAGAGUGUGCAAGACUAUCUUCCGAAAGAAAAAAAGUGCAUUGUCUACCGUGGUGCACCGUGCAAUGAGCGAGCUCCAGUGGAUCAUUCAAGCGCUUCACCAGAGACAGUUGAUGAGGACGGCUUUGUGUUGACAGAAGUUCCGCAGGUCGCCCUACCCACCACAGUUAUCGAAGAGGACAAAGUACUCACAUGGGACGAACAUGACGAUGAUUCAGGCGAAGAAGACCUUAUCGCCACGGCAAAGGACAAUUCAAGCCUGCGUAUCUACGAUGUUUACAUUGUUUACGACAGGUACUACCAAACACCGCGCAUGUAUUUGGUGGGAUACACUAGUGAUCAUGUCACACCUCUCACGCUGGAUCAAAUGAAAGAAGAUGUUUACCGCUCCAACUAUGGUAAGACAGUAACCAUCGAUCCUCAUCCUAUUCUCUCGAUUCCAUGCAUCAGUAUUCACCCUUGCCGCCACGCUGAGACGAUGCGCAGUCUGAUGCAUCGAAUGCAGGAAAACUACGAUCGUGAAAAAGCAAAUGUCCCGAACGCUGAGCCGUUUGUUUUCCCCACUCACUUAGCAAUGCUUCUAUUCUUGAAGUUUAUCUCCACCGUCUUACCAACUAUUCAGUACGACGUAUCUUCUGGCUUUAACUUAGUGUGA